CGAAACCAUGAUCCUAAACCACCCACGACAUUUUCGACUUCUCUACCGCAAGCCAUACAUAUUCCCUCUCUACCUAAGACUCCUGAUAUUUUCGUCACUAAUGGCCCGAACUAAGCAAACUGCUAGGAAAUCAACCGGAGGAAAGGCUCCAAGGAAGCAACUGGCUACCAAGGCCGCCAGGAAAUCAGCGCCGGCGACCGGCGGAGUGAAGAAGCCUCACAGGUUCAGGCCAGGGACUGUGGCAUUGAGAGAAAUCCGCAAAUACCAGAAAAGCACGGAACUUCUCAUCAGAAAGCUUCCUUUCCAGAGAUUGGUUAGAGAAAUCGCUCAAGAUUUCAAGACUGAUCUUCGUUUCCAGAGCAGCGCCGUUGCGGCCCUUCAGGAGGCAGCCGAGGCUUACCUCGUCGGUCUCUUCGAAGAUACCAAUCUCUGUGCCAUUCAUGCCAAGAGGGUCACCAUUAUGCCUAAGGAUAUCCAGCUCGCUAGAAGAAUCAGGGGUGAGAGGGCUUAGGUUUCGGGGUUGAUUGUAUGUGCAUCUAGUUCUAGGGUUUUUUAUAUUACAGCACAAAUCUAUUUCAAGAAUAUCGAGUUCUGAAUCUUGUUUGGCACCUGUUUGAUGAAAUCCCUGUAAAAUUUCUCAUCUUAAUGGUUAAUUGGCUCAUAGUGUUAAACUU